AUGGUACAACCGAGUCAGUUCCUCGAUCAAAGAUCUUUGCGCCACUCUCCUCCACCCGCCUCAGAUCUUCGCUAUGACAACAUCGGUUGGAUCUCCAAGAGCAACGAGGAACAGUCGGAUUCGGCUUGGCAACUAAAGCAAGGUCCAAGGACAAUGUCGUAUAGUCAGCGUCUACACGACAAUUUUGGCUGUAUCUGCAAAACUGACUUUGUCCGAACCGACGUUACAUUAACCUCGGCAACUAGUAACUUUGCAUUCCCUCUGCUCUCAAUCAUCCAUUUUCUCUUCUAUUCGGUAAAAUGUCCAGCUGGUAAAGAAAAACGAAGACGUGAAUGA